AUACCUACUCUAAACGAUAAGCUAGAGAUAUCUAAACUGUUACUAGGUGUGAAGUUUUAACAAUAAACGUAUAAAUAAAACUUCGUUGUUUUGUUGUCCCAUAAUGAAAGUGCCGUCCACACGGACAGAGAAGAAUCUUCGAGGUUUCGCUUUUUUCUUGAUACAGAUGACGUUGGCAGUGCUCUUGUUUUUACUUUUUUGUGUGUUAAGCGCUGGUGGUAAACCAGUGGUUGACGACGAUCCGGUUUGCGGCUAUGAUGCUUGUCCGGAGGCAGGAUUGGAUACUUUGAAUGUACAUCUUAUACCACAUUCGCAUGAUGACGUGGGAUGGCUCAAAACACCAGACCAAUACUAUUUUCAAGACGUACAGCUUGUAAUCAGUUCUGUGGUUGAUGCCUUGAAGCAAAAUCCCGACAGAAAAUUCGUCCAAGUAGAGACAGCUUUCUUCAAGCAAUGGUGGGCUCAACAAAACGACCGCGUCAAAGAAGCUGUCCAGAACUUAGUAAACAAUGGUCAAUUUGAAUUCAUCAACGCUGCGUGGAGUAUGAACGACGAAGGAGCUGUCCACUACCAGUCGACCAUCGACCAAUUUACUCUUGGUCUCCGUUACAUACAAGACAACUUCGGAAAAUGUGCUCGUCCCAAAGUUGCGUGGCAAAUCGAUCCCUUCGGCCACAGUCGGGAACAAGCAUCCAUCUCUGCACAAAUGGGUUUCGACGGUUUGUUCUUCGCCCGCUUGGACUACAGAGACAAGAACCGUCGUCUGAAUGACAAAACCAUGGACUUGCUAUGGAGAGGAAGUGCUAACUUGGGCAACGCUUCAGAUAUUUUCACGUCGGUUUUGUACAGUCAUUAUAGUGCACCAGGGGGCUUUUGUUUCGACAUUGUGUGUAACGAUGAAGUUAUCAUUGACGACGAAGAAAGCCCUGACUAUAAUUUGGAACGUCGAGUAGAUGACUUCGCUAAUUACAUAAGAGGUGUAGUUGAACACUAUCCUACUAACAAUGUUUUAAUUACUAUGGGUGAUGAUUUUCGUUACGAAGCAGCAAUGACUACCUAUAUGAAUCUUGAUUUGCUUAUCAAGGGUUUUGAGAAGUUCGAACAAACUUAUAAUGACCAACGAAUCAAAGUGUUUUAUUCUUCACCAUCUUGUUAUACUAAAGCUGUAAACGACUAUGUGACUACUAAUAAUUACAAUUUAGAAUUGAAGACCGACGACUUUUUCCCUUAUGCUGACGGUUCUAAUACCUACUGGACUGGAUACUUCACCUCAAGAGCGGCUUCUAAGCACUUCGAACGUCAAAGCAAUACUUUAUUACAAGUUGCAAAACAACUGGCUGUUGACGUACAAGAAUCAUACGAUAAUGCAGCUAUAAAUUCUUUGAAGGAAAUUAUGGGUGUAAUGCAACAUCAUGAUGCCAUUACUGGAACCGAAAAACAGCAUGUGGCCAACAACUAUCAUUUCCUUCUAAGUAAGGCAGUAAAAAAUGUCAAUGAUGAAGCUGGACAAAUUUUGUCAACUUUGAUUAGUGGAACUGACGAGAACUUCGAAUUUGACUCUUGCCUCACCGCCAACGUAAGCGCUUGCAGUCAAACUCAAGGCGACAAGUUUACUGUGGUGGUUUACAACCCCUUGAGCCAUAAAGUCACGGCUCCCAUUAGUCUUCCAUCAUACGACAAGACAAACUGGCAUAUUUUGGACCCGGAUGAUAACACAGUUGAUUACCAAAUUGAAAAUUCACUAAUUGAUUUCAGUUACGUGGAUGAUGCUCAAACUUCAAAAACUACUAUUCAGUUUAGUGCAAAAGACGUACCAGCUAUGGGUUUCAAAGUCUACCGCGUAGAAGCGAAUGCUUUGCAACAUAAAGUUAAAAAACCGCCUAAUCCACGCGUGUUGGUGGGAUACGAUGAUACCAGUUUUGAAAUUAGUGAGGAAACAGGUUUAUUACAAGCUGUGACCAUGAACGGUGUGAGGUUAGAAAUAACGCAAGAUUUUCAAUACUAUUCGAGUCAGGAUAGUUCAGGUGCUUACAUUUUUGUCCCAGUAUAUGAUCAAAUAUCAAGAAUUGCAAACGGACCCAUCAGUACAACUCUUGUAACCGGUAGUGUUUCACAAGGAGUCUUACAAGACUUUGGUAGUUGGGGAAAGCAAUUUAUUAAAGUUUACAACGACGACAGAAGUUUCAUCGAGUUUGACUGGAUAAUUGGUCCACUAGAUAUAAGUGAUGGAGUUGGAAAAGAGGUGAUCAGUAAAUUCACCACUUCUUUGGCGACUAAUGGAGAAUUCUAUACCGACUCAAACGGUCGCGAACUCCUGAAAAGAACAAGAAACUCACGACCCGACUAUGACUACAGCGAUGAACAGCCGGUUUCCGGUAACUACUACCCCGUAAACAAUAGAAUCGUUAUACGGGAUGCCAGUCAAGACAUAGAAUUGGCGAUUAUAACAGACCGGUCGGAAGGAGGAGCUAGCAUCAACGAUGGCGAAAUUGAACUGAUGGUACACAGAGCUUGUCAACACGACGAUGGCAGAGGUGUAGGAGAAAAUUUGAAUGAGCAAGAAUACGGAACUGGAAACCGAAUCAGGGGUAAACAUUUCUUAGUCGUGGGCCCUACUUCUGGAAACGGAGAGAAAUCACUGGCUGCUAUUGAAAGAGACGUAGCCCAGCGAAAGAGUGUGCAAGCGUGGUCUUUCGUCACUAGUAAAGAUGUAUCUGGAAGCCUCAACACGCUACAAUUUAGUGGCUUGAGAAGUGACGUGCCUGAUAAUGUCAACAUUUUGACUUUGGAACCGUGGGAUGAUGGAACUGUGCUGUUGAGACUGGAGCACACUUUAGAGAAGGGUGAAGAUGAAAACAUGUCCCAAGAAGUGACUGUUGAUGUUUCGGAGUUGUUCACGCUGUUCACCAUAACAGAGUUACAAGAAACAACAUUAGGGGCCAAUAUGCUGCUCGAAGAAAAUGUUAGAUUGCAGUGGCCCGGAAGUGCUAUUGAUGAUAAGGUUUCUCCAACCAAAAGGGAUGUUGCCGACCUGGCCAUAACUUUGGCGCCGAUGCAGAUUCGAACCUUUUGGGCAAAAGUAACCUACACAUAAUAAUCGCUGUACCACAGUUUGUCAAACCAAUAAAGUAGUUACUAGCAAAACAAA